AUGUUUUAUACAACGGGCUGUGUCAUUCAUGGCCGAGUAGCACUGGAGAACCCCGCGAUCUUCCACAAUCUCAUCGGAGUGGUUCAUGAUGAUGCGAAAGUUUUACAGGAAAACUACAUAGGGAAGCUCAAAGCUACUGUGACUUUUGAUGAGGCACCUGAUAGUUGUCGCUGGACGCUUUGUUCAGUGGACAAGUAUUUGUGGAAGAAGGAUAAUGAGUAA